GCAGUACAUAACGCCUGGAGAAACACACAACAUAGGAGAACACACUCACACAAAGAUAACACAUAUUGUGUCUACACAUGCCCUUAUGCGCAUGUGAAGCCUUUGUCCGUAUUUGUGAUUGCUUUUCGCAGCAGAGUCGAGUAGUGUGUGCGCAUUGCAUUCACGGGAUCAGUCUGGAUUGUUUGGCAACGAUUGCUCGAUUAGCAACCUGGCAGAGUCUACAGUUGGCUAGUGCUGCUAUCGAGAUUUUAAAGUGCUUGUGACGGAGAUUGUGUGAUUUUUGGAAAAUUGUGUAGUGUUAACGUUAAACAGUCCUCGGAUUGACAGAUCGCGACAAGUCCGCUGAACGGAAGUUUUCAUUAUCCGUAUAACUAAAAGUGGAUAGUGUUCGACAUUCGCAAAAUUUCGCAUUAUCAAUCGGUAAUUUCUCGCGUAUCUAAUUAAUAAGUCAUUUCGUGUUGACUCUGCGUUUUUCUUGAAAUUAAAAUUGUAGAUGAUCGUGUCGAGAGUGAGAAAAAAUGAUGAUAAUUUAGUAUUGGUGUUUGUGAAGUGUUGGAACAAAGGGACGAUUCGAUUGUUUAUCAGCGGACCACAAAUCUUAGUACGGACAUAAAAAUCGGAUCAUUGACGAAUCUCUUUUUCUCUCUCUUUCUCUCACUCUUAAUUCGUAGACGGUUGAUUGUCGCAACUGUUUGUUUGUUUCUUUUUUUCGGUGCUGCCAUUGCUGCUAGAGACUGAAACCCCCUCAUAAAGUGCAUUUCAAGUAAGAAAGACAAUUGGAUUGGAGUUGUGCAGUGUCGUGCCUGCGAGGCCCUUACAUGAGAAUCGGCUCAGCUGAUUCAUAGACUGCGCCAUCACGGGCUCUCCGCAGCUUUUCCAAUAAUCAACAAUAAAAAUGUCGUCUCCAAGUGCUGGCAAGCGACGUAUGGACACGGACGUUAUCAAACUAAUAGAAAGCAAACACGAAGUGACAAUUUUAGGUGGACUCAACGAAUUUUCCGUCAAAUUUUACGGACCUCGAGGGACGCCAUAUGAAGGAGGAAUAUGGAAAGUGCGGGUUCAUUUACCAGAACAUUACCCCUUCAAAUCUCCUUCGAUCGGUUUUAUGAACAAGGUUUACCACCCUAACAUUGAUGAAGUAUCGGGUACCGUCUGUCUCGACGUUAUCAAUCAAGCGUGGACAGCCUUGUAUGAUCUCUCAAAUAUUUUCGAGUCCUUUCUACCACAGCUGUUAACAUAUCCUAAUCCAAUUGAUCCCUUAAAUGGCGAUGCAGCUGCAAUGUACCUUCACAAGCCAGAGGAGUACAAGAAAAAAGUCGCAGAUUAUGUAAGGAAAUACGCGACAGAAGAGGCACUUAGGGACCAGGAAAAUGGUACGGGGAAUGGAAUGUCAUCGGACAGUGAGUCUUCAAUGAGCGACUUCAGCGAGGACGAGACGCGAGAUAUGGAGUUGUAACCAAAUAUUUUACCAUCCAUACCCAUACCCUUAAUCACGAUUCCUUGUAAUCUCCGAUCGCUCGUCUUAUCAAAUAGAUGCUUACACCUAAAUUUCUUCGACCUUCGAUCGAUAUCAACCUCAGACUUUUGAGAGGCUUACAAAAUAUUGAUGGCGAUCGGUUUGUAGUGUAACAAUGAACACAUUAUACCCGGAGUUGAUUUCUUUUCAGUGUCAAAAAAAAAACAGAAUCUAGCUAACAAGAUGCCAAUAGUUACGAAUUUUAUCUCUCUGAUCGAGUCGAGUUUCAUUUUUCGUUUCGUUAAACAAUCGCCAACAAUAAACGCGUAUUUUGUCCCACUUAAAGAAAAAUUUAUUUUAAAUUAAUCACCUUUUUCUAUUUAAUUUUCGUGAAAAAAAAAUUUAUUUGGAACCGCGAUUAAAUUUUUGCUAAUUUGUUUUCCUUUUUUUCCCACAUUACGUAUCCUUUUUGCAUCUUUUCGUAACAGGCGACAACAUCACGAGAGGGAGAUGACGAGCUCAAGUGAUGGGAAAUCAGAUGAAAAAAUAAAACGUAAACGUCAACGAAGCAUUGAUGGUGAUUCAAAUCAGCCAUUAUUGAAAUUUGCUCGCUCAACGAGCUAUCAAGAAACAAGAACGUUAACGGAGACACUCAAUAUCUGCAUUUCCUCGGCAUCAAGUUUGCAAAUUGGAGCACCUGGUGAUACACAUCGAGUAGAAACCUGGAACUGUCGCAACGACCAAGUCCUGGGAGCACAACAGUACACAAGACUCUAGUUUGGCUCAAUAGACUCCGAAUUUACUAGAGGAACCGCAAAACAAAACAAAACAAAAAUACAAAAAACAGAAUCUCAAAUUAUCGGAACAAAGCAACGCUCGAUUAUUUUAAAUGGGCUAAAAUUUUUAUUUUUUGCUAACCCCUAGAAAAGAACCCAAGGGGUUGCGUAUCUUUCAUAAAUAUUCGCGAUUUAUAUUUUUCAAUUCGCGAAAUUUACCACUUUUCGAAUUUAUCUUUUUUUUUUAGUUUUGCGAAUUUUUAUCGAGUGUUUUAAUAUCGACGAAAUAGAGAAGUGAAACAGAAGAAACGAAAUAGAGAGAAUAACGUUAAAAAUGAAAACAGAAUUAGAAAAGAAACAACAAUGGGGUAAAGAAAAUUAGAAAAAGAAAUCUAAUAUUUUUUCUAAAAAAAAAAAAAAAUUCCUUUUUUUUAAAUAUGCUCUUAAGAUUUAUUGUUUUUUUAAAAAAAAAGAAAGUCUGUUUUAAUUAAAAACUCGAUAGUUUUUGAAAAAUGUUUUCUUUUUCGAGUUUUUUUUUUUUUUUAAAUAACGGUCUAUUACUGUUACCGUUGGACAAUAAUUUUUAUAUUUUAAUUAAAUUGCAAAUAAUAAUUAUAAAGAAGGAAAAAAAAAAGAACACAGAGCGAGCACAAGGUUUCUCCAGAUCGGAAUAAUUGAAUUCGUGGUCUCAGAUCUCACGCAUUAAGAUUUAUAAAUAUAUAUUUAGCACUAUUAGUAUAUUAUACAUAUUAAUGAUCUAUAUGCUUACGAUUAGCGAGUACGUUACUUUAUUAAUAGGAUAACAUCUAACAUCCAGAAUUUGUAGAUUUAUUAACAUUUUCUCAACAAACAAACAAAAAAAUGUCUUUUUAAAGACUUAAAAUAUUUUCUUUUUUUCGAAAAGGGAAAAAAAAAUUAUAAUUUUUUUUAAAAAUGAAUUUUUUCAGUGUUAUUAUUUUUCUAUUUUAAGAAAUCCUAAAUUUUUGAAGGAUACGUAACUAAAAGGGUGUCGUGAGAAUUUUUUUUUUUUUCGCCUGGAAAAUUUCUGAAUUGCUUGAUUUUCUUGAAAUAUUUGUGACAAAUUUUCCAAGCGUAAUAUAUUUUUUUUUUGCUCGAUAAAGGCGCGUGUCAAAAAUGAAAGAAAAUUGUCUAUUCAACACAUGCAUGUAAACUGCCAUUGAUUCACACGGACAUGCAUAUAUUCUAUCAUUGUAAUAGUUCGUUGUGGUUGUUCGGGUUAAGUAAUUUAGUAGAAAGCGAUUAGAGUUCGAUAAUUAAUAAGCACAAGAUUAUUUAUUAAUUGGAAAAGUAUUUUUAUUUGAAGAAAUAAAUAUUAUAAAAAACAAUUUUUUAAAACAAUAUUGAAAUGUGAAGAAAAAAAUACUCUUUUAAAAAAAAAAAAAAAAAAUUUCUGUUUAACAAAAUCUUGUAAAAUAAUUUUCGAACUCAUAAAAAGCUUAACGAAACGAGGAGAAAAGUUUUUUUACACUCAUCUCGUCGUUUUGUGCUUGUUGAUAUUCGAUAGAUUCUUGCUAGGCUUCGUCUUGGAAGAUAAAUGGUUGCCUCUGUGUCUUGUGAUUAAAAAAUUACGUCGAACUGUAUUGCUUCAAGUUAUCAGAGGGCGAACACAUACGGAUUUAUGAUUAGACCUUCUACAUUUUACUGAUAAGUGAAUUUUCAAGCAAAAAAGCAAGACUUUUCGUAAAUUAUUAUUAUUAUUAUUAUUAUUAUUACUAUAAUUAUUAUUAUCAUCAUUAUUAUUAAUGUAAAAUUUAAAAAUCAAAUUCGAAUAAUUAUUUUUAAAUUUCGUUGGCAAAAUCAAUUUUUUUCAAAAAAGAAAAAAGGAAACUUGUUUUUGUUUAUUGAAAACGAACUCAUUCAACGACAGUUUCAGAAAAAAGUUGAUUUUUAAUUUUCAAAAAUUAUUGAAAAAUAUUCCUGACAAGAUUUUAUUUUUAAUAAAUCAAUUUUAUAUGAAAUUUAAUUUAAUUGUGAAAUUUAAAUUUUAUUAUUAAUUUAUUAAAAUUGUUAGAAUUAUUGCAAAAGACAAAAUUAUUGAAAUAUUUUCAACUUUUGAUAGAGACUGUCGCGAGUGACGUUAAUAAUUUGCAAUUCUUACGAAAUUCUGGUAAUUUAAAUGAAUAAUACUGCGAGAAUUCGAAUACUGUGUGUCAAAUAUUGUAAAAGUUGAAAACUUUUUCGAUUGUAUUAAUUUUAAGAAUUUUUGUUACAAUGCAAAAAAAAAAACAAAAAAAAAAAAUUUAAUUGUGAUAUAUGACAAUUUUUAGUGAGCGGAAUUUCUACUCAUUUUCUUCUCGAAAAAUUUUUUGCAAAAGUGAGAAAGAGAGCGAGAGAGAAGAAACAGAAAAGUACAUAAAUUCUUUUCACCAAUUUUUUUUUUUUUUUCAAAAAUAGAGAGAAAUAUUGACAAAUUUAUUUUUUUUUGCAUUUUUAAAAUUUAAAUACAACAAAUUUUCAUAUAAUUUCAAAUGGAAAAUAAAUGUAAUCAGAUUUGAAAAAAAAAAAAUAAAUUUGACAAUAUUCUUUUUCGAAAACAAAAAAAAAAGAAAAUGGUUGCUUUGAAAAUUCAAACUCAAAUAAAUAAUAAUUAAUAACAAGAAAUCACGUACCAAAGAUAAUCUCGACAAAGUGUUUAAUAUGGUGCUUUUUAAUUGGAAGAAAGAUCACAAAUAAUUAUAAAUAUACUCGAGAAUAUGACUUUCCUAUUUGUUGUAAACUUUAGUCGAGAGAAUUUAGUGGCACACGUGAUUUAGAAAGUGGUAUUAAAAAAAAAAAGAAAAAAAAAAUAAUGAAAAUGUAGUGAAAUAUAUUUUUGUAUUUUGAGUGGAUUUUUUUUUGUAUAAUACAAUUUUAUUAUCGAUCACUUGCGCAGCUGCGUUUUUUCGUUUUAGAUUUUUUUCUGUUUAUCGAAAUUAUUGUCCAUCGCCCUCGCUAUUGUCACACGAAUAAUGCAUUGCCGUUCUAAUUUAAGAAAAACAAGAUAUCAAUAUUAUUAUUAAAAAAUGAAAAGAGAGAAACUUUCCAUAUUCUUGACAGAAGUAGUUAUCGAAAGAUCGUUUAAUUCUAAGAUAGAUUUCAACUUUUUGUAAGCAUCGCUUACUGAAAAUCUAAUUUUCAAUUUUCGCUUUCUUUAACUGGAUCGAAAUUUCGUUUAUUAAAUGCAAAAAAAUUCAUGUUAUCGUUAGAAUACGAAAAUUCCGUUAUUAUUAAUUAGGAAAAAAAAAAUUUUGUUAUCAAUUUGUUUUAAAAACAAAUUCUGUUAAAUUUUUCGCUUGUAGAAAAACAAAAUUUUGUUAAUUGUGUUAAAUUUAAUUACUAUUUGUUGAUGAAAAAAAAAAAAUUUGUUAAAUUUAAAUAAAUUAAAGAUUGUCAUUUUCUAUAAUUCGAAAUUUCGAUUCAAAAUAGAAGCAGCAGCUGAAUUAGGAGUUAUUUUUUUUUCUUUAUAAAAUAUCUUAAACGUGUAGUUGUCUUUUCUAAUUCCACGUAUCACUUUUAAGACUUCUAGAGUCUCUUUAUAGCUCCUGAAAAAAGAUAAAAAAAAAAAGAAAAAAAGAGUAGCACUCGAUGGCUACGAAUUAAAAUAUUUUCAAAGAAUACAACUUUUAUUGCGAAAUAUGAAAAAAAAUUACGGGGCGUUUUUGUAAAAUAUUUGCUGAUUUUUAAAUGAAAUUAAUGAAGUCGACGAAAAAUAAAAUUGUAUUUUUAAUUAUCGAUAAUCAAAAUAUAAAUUUAAACAGCAAAAAAAAUUUCAGAAAAGAAAGAUACAAAAACUAUUUUUUUAAUAAAAAAAAAAGAAAAAAGAGAACUAUUAAUUAAUUAUUUAAAUAAUUAAUUAAAAAAAAAAAUUUAUUACAUUAAAAUUCUUAACAAAAAAAAAAAUUAAUUAAUUUUAAUUAGAAACUUAUUGCAAAAACGCCUUGUAGAAAAAUGUGACGUAGGGAUGAAAUAAAAUUCCCAACGAAAAUAAAAAAUUUUCCGUUGAAAAAAUAAACCGAUAAAACGACAACAGCUGCAAAAGAAUGUUUCACAUACAUUGUUACAAAGCGUCUCAACAACAAUGAAAUAACUACAAAAUAUUUAUUAUAAAUUAAGUUUAACAAAUAUAUAAAUUAUAAAUAUAUUAUAUUAAACUAAAUAUAAGUGAACAAGAUGCAAUUUUUUGGUACAAUAAGAUAAAAAAGAAUCAA